CUGAACUAAGGUUCUGUGUGUCAGAACACAAAACCAAGACACACACACACAAAAAAUAAAGAAUCUGUAGGAGUAGAGUUAUUUUUCUCUGUCAAAUUGAGCCUUUAAAAAAACAUAAACAAUUUUGAAAAUGGUGAGUGAGUAACCGUGUUUUAACUUACUCUUUGAAUCUUUCUUCCUGUCUUCUUCCUUCUUUCCUUUUUAUUUUGUAUGGAAGAUCAGGAAGUGUUUCUAUGGACAAAAUUCUGGAAUAAACACUCUUGUUGUGUUGCUUCUUAUCACAGUAGAAGACAACCUCAAUACAUACAAACACACAAGCAAUGCUAACAGAAGAAACAAUCAGAAAAGGACAUCCCAAAAUCAUGACUUCUACUUCUUCUUCUUCUUCAAAUUCAAUCAUUUUCUCCUUUGUUGCUUUCUUGCUUCUUAUUUCCUCAUUUAGUACUACUGUUCUCUCGGAGCAUACUUUAAAGGGUUCAAGUCAAAACCUGCCGGCAAAUCAAACUUUCCGGCCAAAGCAAGAAUUGCUGAAACUCAAGAAAAUAAGGUCUUACCUCAAGAAAACCAACAAACCAGCAGUCAAAACAAUUCAGAGUCCAGAUGGGGAUCUAAUAGAUUGUGUUUUAUCUCAUCUUCAACCAGCUUUUGACCAUCCUCAACUCAAAGGAAUGAAGCCAUUGGAACCUCCAAAGAGGCCUAAAGCUAAUGACUCUAUGAAUGAAAUGAAAGAAAGCUUACAACUUUGGACAGUUUCUGGAGAAUUAUGCCCUGAAGGAACUGUUCCAAUUAGGAGAACAACAGAGAAAGAUGUCCUAAGAACUAGCUCUUUCCGAAGAUUUGGUAGAAAAAUUAGAAGAGGUGUAAGACACGACACAUUGAGCAAUGAUCAUGAGCAUGCGGUAGCUUUCGUGAAUGGAGAUCAAUACUAUGGAGCCAAGGCAAGCAUUAAUGUGUGGACGCCCAGAGUUACAGACCAAUAUGAAUUCAGUCUGUCACAACUUUGGGUCAUCUCUGGUACCUUUGGCAAUGAUCUUAAUACCAUUGAAGCUGGUUGGCAGGUCAGCCCAGAACUGUAUGGAGACAACUAUCCUAGGUUCUUCACUUAUUGGACGACGGAUGCAUACCAAGCCACAGGAUGUUACAACUUAUUAUGCUCAGGUUUCGUUCAAACAAACAACAGGAUUGCUAUGGGGGCAGCAAUAUCUCCAAGAUCAAAUGUCAAUGCCAGACAAUUUGAUAUUGGCAUAAUGAUAUGGAAGGACCCAAAGCAUGGACACUGGUGGCUGGAAUUCGGGUCGGGUCUAUUAGUUGGGUACUGGCCAGAUUUCUUGUUCAGCCAUUUGAGAAGGCAUGCAAGUAUGAUACAAUUUGGAGGAGAAAUAGUGAACUCAAGAUCAACUGGAUAUCACACUUCAACACAAAUGGGAAGUGGACAUUUUGCAGAUGAAGGUUUUGGCAAAGCUUCCUAUUUCAGAAACUUGCAAGUAGUUGACUGGGAUAAUAACUUGAUUCCUUUGUCAAAUCUUCAUCUCUUAGCUGACCAUCCUAAUUGCUAUGACAUUAGAGCUGGAAAAAAUAAUGUUUGGGGUAAUUAUUUUUAUUAUGGUGGUCCUGGAAGAAAUUCAAGGUGCCCGUAAAGAAAAAAUAAUUUCAUUUUGGCCUUGUAGAGUAUGUAUCCUGUUUUUCUCUAUUUCCCUUUUUUUUUCUUUCUUUCUUUAAGUUCUUUGUGUCCCUAUUUUGACCUAGGAUUUAGAAGGUUUGAGUCAUUUCUUAGAUUUUUUAAGAUAACAAGUUUGCUUUGCUCCAAAGAGCUCAUCCAUUACUUAUUUGACCAAUUAUGAGCUGAUCAUGUAAAUUUUGGCAAGAAGUUGAUAGUAUACCCUGGUUCCUAUUGUAUUGAUUACAA